AUGCCUGACAUUAACAUCGUGGACCCCUCAUCUGCAGAAGGCAGCACAGGUACUGCUACUCGACUGCCGCUGGACUGGAAUGCCGUCGAAGAUAUGUUGACAAACAAUCAUUCGGAACAAAUGUUUAAUGCGCUCAAUGACAGAUUCAUGGAUGCUUUUGAACAAGGUUUGGCGAGUGAUCCUACUCGCCAGGAAGAGUACAAAUCAUGGAAAGAGGAAGAACAAGAAGUUGAGGCCGAGCGCGGUGGAUCAUUGACCUUCUUUUCGGAGGCCUUGGCUUGGAGUUUUAUUAGCAACGGAAAGACCGCCAAGGACCUUGUAGAGCCUCAAGGGGAAUGGCUGGAAGAGGUGUUUGACACACCCGAGGAGUUCACGAAAGGAUUGCAGUCGUGCCGCACAUUGAUGAAAUCAUACAUCGACCAAGGCAAAGUCUCAGUCCCUCCCGAGUUGAUCAUAGACUACAGAUCCAUCACCGACGAUGAAGCACUGCACGCAACGAGGGAUAAGACCCAAGCUGCGGUGGAGCAUGCGCUGAAGAGCAGACUUCAGUGGGCACGCCCGACCGCUGCUGACGACGAUGGUGGUGAACCUGCCAGUCAACGUUCAGUAGUGACGGUAGCGGAUACUACACAAGCUGCGGUGGAUGAGGUAGAGGGUGGGGUCGCUUCUCUUUCUGUUGGAGCGGUAGACGAGAGUCGGGAUGGUGAUAAUAGAGAGUGA